GCCAUUAAACCAAAGAAAAAGAAGCUCGUCCGCUAUGUCUACCUGGUUGUUGUUCGGCUGGUGACAUUCGGGUACUGAUACGUCACUUUGAAGAACUCUUGUGCAGGAUUUGAAGCGUUGGGCGAGAGAAGAGUUCGGUCUUCCUCCAGAGAGCCUGCCGAAUAACAGCUACUUCAACACGCUGUGUGUCGGGACAGGAAAGUCAAUAUGGAAACACAUCAUUCAUCACGUCUUCCACGAAAGAAACGUGAGGAUCAUACGAGGAAAUCUCCAGUGGUAUCCUUUUGCCUCUGAAUGUUUAUGUCUAUAUUAAUAACCCUAAUUACAGGAAAAGUGCACUUUUUUUUUAUUUUGCCCACAAUCCUUAUGUGGGACAUGAACUCUAAUAUGUCUUUCUCUUUUCUGUUCAUUCUAAAGAUAUAAAACAGGUAAAAAGUGGCAGGCAAACGUAAUGGGACACACCCAUUUCACCUAAAAAGGCUGCUAUUAAAACACCUCCAAAAACCUCCAACAAGGUUUGAUGGUUUUCUCUCCAUGCUGUGGGCAUGUAGUAACAGGUACAUUCAUGAUAACGUGGAAUACUUUUAGUAUUUUGGAACGUCCUUCCUGGUUGCAUUGAUUUCACAUAGCAGCGUAGAAAGGAACGCUAACUAGCGUCAAAAACACAGCAGCAGUGGCGGCAGCUCCAAUAUGUAGCAUUACUUUUUGCUAGUGGCCUGAGGUGUUGUGAAUGAGUGUGUGGUGACGCUAGUCGCUAGCCGGCUAGUACCUAGCUGGUGUGCUGUAGCGAGGUGUCACUUGGCCGAUGGCGGGAUGGAUACAGUAGUAGGGGUGGAACAAUUCAUUCACUACAUUGAUUCAUUGAUUUAUAUUCCCACGAUUCAACUACAUCGAUCUGGGUUCUCAAGUUUCCAUUCAGGGCGACACAUAUAUCGAUCUAACGUCGUUGGAAAAGAUAAUCUGUCAAUACUAGGAAAUGAAGCAUCAAAUUUAAGCACAGCAGGCUUCAUACGAAUGUGCUUUUUUUUUUAAAGCACUUUUAAUGAUAAAGAUUAAAGAUUAAACGUUACAGACUGCUUGUCGGUGACGUCAUUGUCCUUCGGGUAUGUGGAUCCAUGGGAGUUGCAGUUGACCUGUGAAAUACAGUUGAUUCGCUGCUUCUUUUGGUCAGUUCAUUCACUUCAUUCAGCAUUCAUAUUUAACUCGUCUGGCCUUAUUUGAAACUCCUUUUAAGUGACAUUUAUGGGGAUAGUGUGCAAAGUAAUGAUGUUUUGUACGCCUCUGGACGGUAGUUUACGGUCCAGUGGCAGUGACGCUUAGUUACGUCAUCAUCCAGCGCGUCGUGUCCAUGUCAAAAUACGUGGGAAUGUUACAAAUACAAUCCCCGUAUUUUAGCAAUGCGAAAAUCUAACACUGUGUGCGUGCGCUUGUCCUUUUUAAAAAUGUAAUUUUUUCAUAUAUCGCGUGGAUUUUCAUACAUACACAGAAAAGUUAAGUCCAACUUUAAGCCUUUCAAACUCAUGGGCCGGAGCUUCAGGACAAGAUAAAAGGUAUGUAGGCUAUAAAUUCACUUUAAUAUCUAUCUGCAGAUGAAAUGUCAUUAAAAUCUGAUGGUGCGAAAUAUGUACAUUUUUCCCCCGGAACUACUGUGUACAUGCAAUUAGCAGUGUGGCGUGGAAACCAAUACAGCUCUUACUACUCUUGAUUUUGAUGAUCAAAAAUGUAAAUGGCUACAAUGUUGACGUUUAAAAAUUGUCCCAGCCUAAGUUCUGAUAUAUUUUGUAGUAGGGUUGUACUUGCCAAGGUCCUUGGGUGGAUCACAGCUUUUGGCACUGCAGUAUUUCCCACUAUGAAAUGUGCUCUAACUUCUUUAAUACUUGGGGUAGAGAAAUGAAUGAGGUAUCAGAUUAAAGUUCAACUCGUGUUUCAUCAGACAGAAUUAAUCACAGACUUGAUUUUACGUAUUUCAAAAUGUUGUAACAUUCCCAACAUAUGUGGGCUGCAAAACGUCUGUCAGUGUAUUCUUGCUAGUUGUUCUGUAGUGAUGGAAAUUUCGUCUCUUUUUAGAGAGCCGGUUCUUUUGGGCUCGGCUCAAUUAAAAGAGUCGACUCUUUCGACUCCCAAGUGGCUCCUCAGAUUUUUGUGGUGGUCUUAAAUUAAUUUACCACAUUACGUGGGUAUUGGGUAAAAUGAAUUAUGAAUGUAAAAAAUACAUGAUAUCAAAUGUUUGUUAUUUAAACCUCAAUGAACAGCUACAAAAAUGUAUAAUACUAUAAUGUGAAAUUAUAAAAUGCAAAAACAAAGACCCAUCUCAAUAGACAAAUUAGGUAAAAAUACAGUAGGUCAAGUCUCUUCAUGCAAACUUCUUCACAAACAAAUCUGCUUUAAGAGCGCCACAGUGUUUAACCCCGCCCUUGUCCCUGCUCAGUGCGGGCAAAGCGCCGCCGCCGCAAAACUUCAUCAAUGACAUUCACCUUUAACAGGAAAUAAAAGACAAGGACAAAACUAGUCGUGCUCCCAACCGGCUCCUGUCAUUCAUUUUAAAGAGCCGGCUCCUACAGCCGCCCCCCCCCCAAAAAAAAAAAUCUCCCGCUUCCAUUGGCCGUACAGGUGAGAAUGUUUCAACACCUGAUUGAAGACACCGUACCACAGUGGUCCCCAACCUUUUUUGACCCAUGGACCGGCUUGUGUUCCCACGGGGGGGGGUGCGUACCUUAAAGCGAUCUAAUAUAUCUUAUUUAUUAUGUAUUGUAUAAAACUAAGACAUGAAUAACAUCAAAUUAAAAGCACAAAAUGAAUACCGACCCACCAUCCACCAGUUCAAGUUCCAGCCAAGUGUUUCCAGAGAGAUGAUGACAUGGCUGUUUGACGUGUGUGGUAAAAGGCAGUGUGCUAGCAUGAAUUAACUUGAGACAAAUGUGCACAUUAGCACUCAAUAAGUCAUCAAAACUUACCUUUGUGCAUUCCCACAUAGUAUCAGCAUUUGACACCAAAUAUGAGGUGAAAGAAAAAUGGUAAAAAUAGAGCAGCAGUAGAGAGAAAGUUAGCAUACGCACAAUGGACGUGCGUCAAGUGAGACGGAUGUAACAGAGAGAAUCCGGCCACUUUUCAAAAUAAAACAUAAAAAAACCCUGAAAUAAUGGAAAUAAUUUUUUCUUUCUGUGCGGCCCGGUACCAAAUGACCCACGGACCGGUACCGGGCCGCAGCACGGGAGUUGGGGACCACUGUCGUACCACAUUCAUUUGCAUAAUGUCCCUCAUUGGGACUAUUUAAAGUAAAUCAUUCAUCAUUGCAAGCUAUACCACCCUCUUUUCAUCCCGAUUUUCUAUUGCAUUUUAACUCAUUUUUUGUACUCAUUGAUCACUUAUGCUUAAGUAUGCCAGCAUUAUUAAUCGUUAAUACCCGAUUCCCUUACAUAAAAACAAUGGGAAUCUAGGAAACAUCAACUGCACUGUCCAGUACCCAGGUAUUUAUUUCACAGUCACACUGGUUGAAUUUUUGGCUCAAAAGUUACUGAAUCCAUUUAAAGUUACCGAAUCGUUUCGGACGGUAUCGUUCUAAAUGAAGCAAAAUCUUUCUUGAAUCGUAUCGGCAAACACGAAGCGUAAUCCGAAUCGAAUGGUUAUUAAAACCAAUCGUCACACCCCCAUUGAUCGAUAUAUCGACACUUUAUUCAUCUCCAAGAGAAAUUCCCAUUUCCAGCAGCGCUGCAAAAAUGUCAUCAUAAACUUAAUCACUUCAAAAUAACAACCAAGGCAAGACAGGACAGAUAAUAAAAGUAAGAAAGUAGAAUAAGAAUAAAUACUGUACAUACGGAACCGAUCACUUUGAAUUUGUAGUCUUGUGUUUUUAUUGCUCCCCCUCUGUUGGGGAGGAAUGAUCUGCUCAGUCUUUCAGUGGAGCAGGACAGUGAUAGUAAUCUGCCACUGAAAGUGCUACCUAGGUGGAAUAGGUUUGUCCCAUUACGUGCAUUCUUAGGGGCUACCCACAUGGAAAUGUUUUCAGGUCAAAAGGGCAAAGUAUUUUAUGGUUUCAGCCUCUCAUCCACAUGGGAACGGUGUUGUGGGUGCCCUGAAAUGUUUUUUUUUGUUUUUUUUUGUAAAUGGCUUACACAGUGGGGAAAAUCUGAACACGCCGGCUUAUCGUUGCCGUGCAGACAGCUCCACACGGGAACCAUGACGUCACUGACCCACCGCCUCCUUUUUGUCGUCACAGGACCAGGAGUGAGCUUGGACGACAAGCCAACAUAAUAUCUGAAUAUUUCGACAGACAUGACUCACCGCUGUCGACAUUCUCCCGAGUUUUGUUGUUUAUAUACAGUGUUCCCUCGUUUAUGGCGGGGGAUAGGGUUCCAAAAUAGCCCGCGAUAAGUGAAAUCCGGCGAAGUAGCAUUUUCUCACAUUUCUCUCUUGUUCAAUCACUCUCAAAGUUACAAUUUUGUUUGAGUUGUAAUGACCGACCUACUAGGUUGGACACAAGAAAUGAUUAUGUGACUCACGCGUAUUUCACUCCUCUGAUGGUGCCUCUUUGUCCUGGCGCCGUUUGGCUGUAGUGUUUUUGCUUGUGUAUGCAAUUCCUGUCUAACUUAUCUGACUGCUGUGUGUUUCACACAGUGAAACGAUCUCUAUAUACACUGAAGCUAACCUAAGCUUCCAUUAAAACAUUGCAGAUAAUGUAAAAUACAAUACAACGUUGGAGUUAAUUCAAAUUCACACUGAAGCAAUGCAGCAUUAUGUGUUAUGUUCAAUACAUGGAUAACUGAUCCUCAUGCGCAGAACACCGCUCUAUCACCGCUAAACCAACGUUCGCUACCGUUAAAUCAAGGCUAAAGCAACGCUGGCUUCAGCGGUGCACCGCUAGGACAACGCCCGUGUUUUCUAUUUUUUUUUCCCAUUUUGUGCCCGGUGACGAGCGUUGUCGAAAUUCGGCCCCCUCUUCCUACCAUUCAAGGGACGCUACAGCAAAGUUCAGGCGGUGUGACCGGGCUUGUGGUACGAGUGAUUUCCCGCUGAGGCGUUGUCUGAUAUUAUUUUUUUAGUCCGAGUCUAGUCACAGACCUGUCAUCGUGUAUAAACCGCACCCCGAUUUUUUGCUUCUUACCGGUGGAAAAAAGGUGCUGUUUAUACACCGUGAUUUAUGGUAGCUUCUUCUGUUUCUUCUAUUGUUUACAGUAUUGGCGGGUAGCUCACUCAGUCACCUGUUCCCGUCUGGAUGCAGCUAUUUACUAAUCCGGCGAAGUGUGGAUAAGACUUUUUUGCAGCCCGCCGGAAAAGAAAUCCCAAGAAUGUUCCGGUGUGGACAGGGCCUAAUUUGGGUCUUUUUUUUAGCAGUUUUUAUGUCUUUAGAACACACAGAAAAAAGAAAGUUGUGUAUUCAUGCAUCACAUAAGGAUAGUGGAUUAUGGGCAAAUUGACAAAAAAAAAACCGUUCUUUGUAGUGGCAGCCUGACAAACUUUCAUUUUUGCUCGGUGAACUUGCAGCAUUUCUCUCAUGCAGCUGUUUUGGGGAUUUGUGUGAGCUUUUGUCAUUUGCAGCAUAUUUUUUUUGUAUUUGUUUUUGAUCCUGCAACAUUGAAGUGAUUGCAGUGAUUUUUUUUUCUUGCCCCGAACGGUCAGUUCUGUGUUUGGAAGGUUUGGACGCUACAUGUUUGCCCCUGUCGGCCACUGUAAUUCUUUCUUUCUGCCAUCAAAUACCAAUUAAACCCAUGGUUCUCCAAGUAUGGGGUCAGGCACAGUGCUUGAGAGGAAAACAAAUAUAGGCUAGGGAGACUGGCUUGAGUUUUCUCUUUGACGUUAUCAUAAAGGUACAAAGUGGUUCAAGACAAAGAGAUGAAGCAGACCGAGAGCCAGAGUGUGGCUGCUCAGAAGAGCAAGCUUCAGGGGAAGAUAGAGCAGGUUAGGUCCGAGAUCAGUCACCUGGACUCUGAAAUCAGAGCGACUGAGGAACAGAUGGCCAGCCAAGAGCAGUCCAUCACCUCUACUUGGGCUCAGGUGGAGGACAGCCAGCGCAGGAAGUUGCUCCUCCAGGCUUUCAGGCAGAGCUGCGUCUCGGGUCGCAUGUUGCUGUCGAGUGACAUUCAAGCGCUCAGCGGGUACUGCCAAACUCUGGAGCAGAUGGCCAGGAAAGCAGAGGUUGAAGUGCUGUUUGAGAAUCACGUUUGUGAUGGGGACACCCUCAACUCCAAAGCUGCCGUAGAAGCACAAGUCCUGCGUAAAGUGAGAGAGCUCUGUAACGACAGGGUCCACUUCUAUCAGUCCUUGCAAGAGAGCGUAUUGAAAACGGGGGACUCUGGAGCCACACGUACGACGAGUGAGCAGAGGACAGCAGUGUUUGAGUACUGGUUAAGUGCUGUGGAGAACCUGUUGGGUGCUCAUCCUCCAAACCACAUCCUCUCUGCAUUGCAACAUUUGGCUUCCAGAGAGCAGAAGGAGUUUGAGGAGAAAGCGACUGCGGAUGUCACACAGGACAUGACAGCUCUUGGGUUUCGUCAUGAAAGUGAUCAUCUGCUGGACAUCUCAGGAGAAGAAGAAAACGACUUGCCGUGCAUUAACACCCUCUUGCAGGCUGCGUGGCAGAAAGUGGAGGAGAGUCUAAUUGAGUUAUCUCAGACUCGCUCCAGAGUCCAGCAACUCCAGCACCAGCUGCUGGCUCGUAGGAAGGAGGCUGAACAGGAGUUGUCUGGAUUAGGUGAUGAUCUCCACAGUGACUCUUUGGUGCUGUCAUCUUUGGAUCUGGAGCUCCAGUGUGUGAUGAAGGCUGCAGCCAGGGAUCAUAUCAGAGACGGGUGCAUGCAGCUUGACCAGCACGCCAGAAGCCACCAGGAGGCGCUGCGGAAUCUUCACAGCCAGUGGCAGAGCGUUGUGGACUUCAGACAGCUAGUGCUCCUCAGACAGGAUCACAUAAGAAGUCUGAUUAAGGGGAACUCUUCAGCUAAGACUGACUUGAUCCGGAGGCACAAAGAGCUACAGGACUUUUUGGACGGCAAGAUGGUACCGCAGUUCAAUGACAUCACCAAUACUGCCGCAAAUCUAAGGAACUCGAUCUCCAAGGAGGUCAAGCAGAUGGGCACCGUUUCCCUUCAUGCUCUGGACAGGAGGGCCGUAGAUGGAAUGCAAAGAAUUCCGGCAUCAUGGUUGUCCAUCCAUCGCCUGCAGUCGCCGACCUUCAGCAGCCUGUGUCGGCACACGGCGUUCCCUCUCUACAGGGCUCCGGAGGAGUUGUGGUCCAAGGCGCGCGACGACCAGCUGGAGUUGCGUUUCCUCCGUCAGCUCCUCCAACAUCACUCCGCCACAUUGCGGAAAUCCAAGGAGGGGGCUGUGCUACUGCUUGCAUCCGAUCAUAAGGUCCUGCUAUCCAGAGUCAAAGAGGAAGAUGAAAAGCUGCUGCAGUCUUUGGUCCCACGAGUCCGAGGCCUCACCCGCAGAUGCGCACAAGGCAUUUCUUACGGAGAGCAAGUCAAAACUGCCAUAUCUCACUGGUGGGAUCAACCAGCACAGCACGUCCUACCUGAGGUCUGCCAUGGAGGACUGACUUUUCAACAGUGGCUUCAGAGGUGGAAACUAGCUGCCAAAGCCUAAAUACAUGAGACUCUCCUAGCAUUGUCAUGUGACAAGACUUCCAAGACCUUUCCAAAAUCAAUUUUUCUUCAUGUCUUGUUGCUGUUUAACUGUGCUGUGUAUGUUUACUAAUAAAUACAUUCUGUGAUCUGG